AUCGAAUCGCAUCGAGCUAAGGCUUCAAGCAUGCCCGAAGAUGCGGACCCAACUGCUGAUCGCCGCCGGAUGAGGGACGAGGAUGCCCUUCCCAAGGGCGAGUCCUGGUGGGACAGCACGGCACUUAAAGUGACGGCGCCGCUCCUCGUCGUCCUGACUAUCUUUAUGCUUGCAUCGCCUGUAAAUUUUCUAUUCAAUCUUGGUUCCACAGAUAUGAAGCUCUCAAACGCAAUUACAGUCUGCCCGGCCUUGGCCAUGGCUAGGAACAUUUCCCUUCACAUGGAGGAGCCAUUGGCACCUACCCCCCUACCUCCGGCUCAUGCGGCAUCAGAUGGAGAGCAAAUCAUUCAUAUUUUCCAGAUGCUUGGUCGAUCCACAGUGUGGAAGAGCAUUGCCAACAUCACCUUUGAGGGAGACACGUUUGAACCUGAAGGGAUGGUGCGCCUGGGCGAUGACCGUUACGUGGUCAGCUCAGGUUAUUGGACCGAACCUACCGAGAAGUAUGGGAAGAUCAUCAACGGGACGGACCGAACACCUGGAAAAGGCCUCGCCCAUUUGAUGGUCUAUAAUGGAAAGGGAAAGCUUGUUGCCGAUGCCACUAUCACGAAAGAAGGCGAUGAUGAAUAUCAUAAUGGAGGGAUCGACUUUGAUGGCCAGUAUAUCUGGGGAACCAUUGCCCAAUACCGCCCCAACAGCACGGCAUACGUUUAUCGUACAGAUCCCAACACGUUGGUACCAGAGAGGGUACUCAACUAUGCGGACCAUCUGGGAGGCGUGGUCCACGACACCCGCGACCACCUCAUUACUGCUCUCAACUGGGGAGGACGCAAUGCCUCAACAUGGGACCUCAAGAGCGCUGAGACGGGCUGCGACGCCAGCCCCGAACCAGAACGUGUUGUCCGAAACCCGAGUUACUUUGUCGACUACCAAGACUGCAAGUGGCUCGGCCACAGCAGAUUCUACAACGGCAAGAGUAUUAUGCUCUGCUCUGGCGUUGCCACCAUUGGCGGGUACAAUCUAGGCGGCAUCGCGCUCGUAGAUGUCGCGACAAUGACACCACUCGCCGAAGUUCCCAUAGACCUAGAAAGCGCCCUAGGAGUUAGACUGACACAAAAUCCAAUGGACGUCAGCGUAAAAGACGGAAAGCUGAGGCUGUACCUAAUGCCGGACCAGCACAACAGCACAUUGUACAUAUACGAGGCGCAGCCCGACAGCCCGUUUCAGUAUGGCGGCGGGAGCUGA